AUGCCGCCGCGCGCGAAGCGAAAGCUUGGCGGGGACGCGCCGCGGCUCUUGUUUACGCAGCGGACGCGGCCACCUGCAGAGUACGAAGUACAGCAUGCGCCUCCAAGCCAUAUGCAGCAUGCGCCGCCGAGUGGUGACCCAAGCAAGCGCAAAGUCGACGAUGUGCAGGCGUGGCUCGCCGGCGCGUUUGAUCCGAAAAUGGGCAAGUACAGGCGCAUGCUCGCUCUCACAGGCCCCAGCGGCGCGGGCAAAACCGCCACCGUGCGUGCAUUGGCCAAGGCGGAUGCGCUCGAUUUCGAGAUUGUCGAGUGGGAAAACAAGGAUGGAUUUUAUGACGGCGGCAUGCGGCAAUCGGCCAUUGCGCGCUUUGCUGCGUUUGUGCACGCUGCACAACGAUACCCAACGCUGCCGCUUGUGCCGCGCGGCGUGCCAAUGGCUGCGCCUCGGCGCAGGAAAAUCGUGCUCGUGGAGGACCUGCCGAACCUUGCGCACGAGGAUACACGCGCGCAGUUUCACGCCGUGCUCGAGCAGCUCGUGCAAACGCCGUGCGCGCAAAAUGUACCGAUUGUGUGCAUUAUUUCAGACAGCGUGCCCAUGGAAGAAGAAGGCACGGAGCACAGUUGGCGGGCGCGGCGCGAGGCGCAGAUGGAUGUGCGGCGCGCGAUUCCUCCGAGUGUGCGUGUACACUCGAGCUUUGCCGAGAUUUGCUUCAACCCAAUGACCGCGCGCAUGAUCCAGUCUGCGCUGCUGCGCGCGGCGCCUGCCCAGCACAUUCCACGCAUGCUCCUAAACGAAAUUGCUUCUGGUGCCGCGGGCGAUGUGCGUGGCGCAGUGAACACACUUGCGCUCGCUGCUUCCGGACGGCACAUGGAUGCGACACAGUUGGCGUCGGCCAUGCCUGCGCGCGCCACGUCGCUGGCGCUUUUUCAUGCGCUUGGCCGCGUGCUGUACAACAAACGCGAGGGCGAUCCCAAAACGGAGUCUGUGACCCCCCCGAAACUCGAUACCCCGUCGCGCGUCGCGCAGCUGAUGCAGUCGGUCAUGCAAAUGCCAACCGCUGCUUCUGCUCCCCCACGCCCGUGGCUGCAGGAGAAGCGCACAAGCCUGGUAAAUGUCGACGCGAUGUGCGCUCAGUUACCUGUCGAUGCAUCUACAUUUGUGCUCUACCUGCACCACAAUAUGCCGCAAUUCACCGAGUGUGUCGAAGAGUGUGCGCCGAUCCUCGACGCACUCAGUGCUGCGGACACUUUCGAGAUGAACAUGCGCGCCGGCACAGCGCCGUAUGGCCUCCUCAUCACGAUGCGCGCCGCAUUGCUGGCCCUGCCUUCGCCCGUCCCGCGGCGCGGACAAGUCCUCACAAAGCCCGCGUUCUGGGACUGUGCACGGCGUCAAGGUGAGAUUGUGCAGUGUGUACAAAACGCGCACGACGCGCUACACGGUACGUCGGCACUCUGCGAUACAUCUAUGCAUGCUAUGGAUGCACGCGCUGCCUUUGCUACCGAAUCAUUGCCAUGGAUCGCACAGCUCGACGAGCGUGUGCGGCGCUGUGCGGCGCCUUUUCUCGCAUUUUCUCCGGCGCACACACUCGCCGUCCCGAUGGACGUCCAUGACGGUACGCCCGAUUUCGACGUGCCGAGCGAAGCGUGCAUUUCCCCGCGCACAGACCCGCCGGCGCCCGACGAGGGGCUUCCCUCGGGCGAUGAACUAGACGAUUUGUAG